UCAGUGCGAAGGGGUGGGAGGGAGUGGCUGUGUCUUUGUCGGUGUGGCCUGUGGGUGUUCCGCUGUGCUGGUGUAAGGCCGAGUGGAGGAGGCUUUGUUGAUUAUGUGUGGUGCUUAACGCGACCCCAAAGCCAUGUUUCGGUGUAUCCCCAUCUUCAAGGGGUGUAACAGGCAUGUGGAGUACGUGGACAAGCGGCACUGUUCCCUGGGCAGUGUUCCCGACGACAUACUGCGCUACGCCAGGAGUCUGGAGGAGGUGUUGCUGGACGCCAACCACAUCCGUGACCUGCCCAAGAACUUUUUCCGCCUUCAUAAGCUGCGGCGACUUGGCCUCAGUGACAAUGAGAUUUCCAAGCUGCCUCCAGACAUCCAAAACUUUGAAAACCUGGUGGAGCUGGAUGUGUCAAGGAACGACAUUCCUGACAUCCCGGACAGCAUCAAGAACCUUAAGGCUUUGCAGGUGGCAGACUUCAGCAGCAACCCCAUUCCAAAGUUACCAGGAGGCUUCACGCAGCUGCGGAACCUGACCGUGCUGGGCCUCAAUGAUAUGUCCCUCACCAACCUGCCCUAUGAUUUUGGUUGCUUAAUCAAUCUGCAGUCCCUGGAGCUUCGGGAGAAUCUGCUGAAGGGACUGCCGGAGUCAGUGUCUCAGCUAAGCAAACUGGAGCGGCUUGACAUUGGAGACAAUGACAUUGAAGAACUACCUCCACACAUUGGGGACCUGCCAGCCUUGCAAGAGCUGUGGCUAGACCACAACCAGAUAUCCCAUCUUCCCCCCGAGACUGGUCGGCUCAAGAACCUCCUCUGCCUUGACGUCAGUGAGAACAGGCUUGAGGACGUGCCAGAGGGCCUGUCUGGCCUCACCAAUCUCACAGACCUUCACCUCUCCCAGAACCUCAUUGAAACCCUCCCAGAUGGCAUUGGUGCCCUCACCAAGUUGACAAUUUUUAAGGUGGACCAGAACAGACUCAUGACUCUCAAUCCCAACAUUGGAAAAUGUGAGAACCUGCAGGAGCUCAUCCUAACAGACAACAUGUUGAAGGAAUUGCCCAGCACUAUCGGCAAUCUCAAAAAGCUCACAAACCUCAAUGUUGACCGAAACAAGUUAACUGAGCUCCCAGCACAAAUAGGAAAACUCGAAAACCUGGGAGUGUUGUCGUUGCGUGAGAACCAGCUCCAGUACCUUCCUCCUGAGACCGGAAACUGCAGAGAACUCCAUGUUCUUGAUGUCUCUGGUAACAGGCUGCAGUACCUGCCUCUGACCAUAACAGUGCUGAACCUCAAGGCAGUGUGGCUUAGUGAGAACCAAGCUCAACCGAUGCUCAAUUUCCAAACUGAGGUUGAUGAAGCUUCAGGCCAAGAAGUGCUCACCUGUUUCCUACUGCCCCAACAAGAGUACCAACAUGACAAUCUUGAGUACGCCUGUGGUAUGGGUGGUAGCGAGGGCAGGCUGUACCGCACUGGUGACCUCAGCACCGAUAAUCUGACCGCCAUCGGCUCUGCAGCUAAUGAGUGGGCCCACGAGGACGAGGACAGCUGGGACCCCAAUGACCCUAACGAAGAGUCCCGGGUCUCGGUGGUCAAGUUCAGCGAUGACAAAGACACCGAGGACGGCAAGGAGAGUAACUUUGUGCGCCACAACACUCCACAUCCCCGGGAGCUGAAGGCGCGGGCAGAAAAGCUGUUUGGCAAGGGCGGCAAGACAAGUGAUGGCCCACUGGUGUCUGCCAGAGAUUUAACGGAUAAGGAAGCAAUGCAUCUCCAGCGAGCCUCCCCACCUGCCAGUCCCAGGCAGCCUGGCCAGGAAGUGUCAGCCCAGGUAGAACAACAGCCAAAGCUUCAGCAGGAGGCACACUCAGAGGCCCAGCCUGGAGGACAUGCAGAUGAAGACACUGAUGGCCUCACUGAUGACAGCCAGACUCUGAUGGAGAAUGAGAAGCGUGUUGGGUUCUCCAUUGAGGGCAUAGAGACCACAGACUCUGAUAACAGUCAGGAGGAACAGAAACGGCCUGGUCGCCUGCACCGGCAGAACACACCACACCAUCUUAAAAACAAGCGCAUCACUUCAACCAAGAGUGCAGACCUGGAGAAAGUUGCGUCUAUUAUUGCACAACAGCAGCAGGCCCUGCAGCGAGGGGAUGGGAGUGAGACGGAUGGCACCCAGAAUCGUGGCGGGGAAUCAGAUGCAGAUAAUCAUUCCUUAGAAUCUGGUCCAUCUGUGGUGGUGGAUGUGAAGCAGAUGGAGGUGGUUGUCGAGCGAACUACAGGUGGCUUGGGACUGUCCAUUGCGGGUGGCCGUGGCUCCACUCCGUACAAAGGGGAUGAUGAGGGCAUCUUCAUAUCUAGAGUGACUGAAGGUGGCCCUGCAUACCUGGCUGGUCUCAGGGUUGGAGACAAACUGCUGAUGGUGAAUGGGCAUGAUGUGGAGGUGUGUGACCACUACGAGGCCGUCAACAUCAUGCGGGAGGCUGGCUCACAACUCAGGCUCGAGGUGUCGCGGGAGGUGACCAGAAUUGUCCCAGAGAAGAAAUCUUCAAAAACUGAGCCUGUUGCCAACCAUGUGAUAUCACAAGAGGUAGAAAGUUGUGUCACCACUACUAACUCGGAAGCCCUAGAGGAGCAGCUUUCAGCACCACCCCCUCUUGUCACGGCCAAUCAUGUGGCCAUGACAGUUAAUGGCCAUGAUGGCUCCCCAGCAGUGAAUGGGGAACAUCUGGGUGUUAAUGGGGAUGCCAAUGGGGAAAUGGAGGUGCUCACUGAAACAAUAUACACCACACUCAUGAGGGACCACAAUGGCCUUGGCUUCAGUAUUGCUGGUGGUCGGGGAGCAGCACAGUUCAAAGAUGGAUCAGAUGCCAUCUAUAUAUCCAGAAUAACAGAAGGUGGAGCAGCAGCCAAGGAUGGAAAACUAAGAGUUGGAGACCGAGUCAUAUCUAUCAACGGCGUUGACUUGGAUGGGGCUCGGCAUGACCAAGCGGUGUCAAUGCUGACUGGCAUAGAGAGAUUUGUGCGUCUGGUGGUGCACCGGGAGACUUUGGUGACACCAGGCCAGGGCAAUACCAGCUCAAGGACCUCACCAAGAGUUUUUGGGGCACCAAGACCAUACACUGGACUGUACAGUGCUGGGUCUUACAUGGCUAACAGACCCAGCUACACAGGUUACCGACGGGCCCAACCGGGAGGAAGGAUAUCAAGUUCCAACCUGUCAGAGGGCAACUAUAGUGGCCAAACCAGCCCAGCAGCUUCUCCUGCCACCACCACCAGGCUACCUCAGAAGCAGUCUGGCUCACAGGAGCCUGUGGCACCACCCACCACUACCACAACCACAGAGGAUCCCUUUGCUGCUGGCACCACCCAGGUAGCCUUGCAAAAACCUCUCACUAAUGAUGACUUUCAGGCCCUCAUCCCACAGCACUUCCUGCAGGGAGGCAGAGCGUUGGGUGAGUCAAGCGCCCCUAGCCACCAGGUGACCGUCAACAUGCCAGGGGACCAUGGCCCCAUGAGCAUGGCCCUCCCUCCUCCGCCUACCAAGUUAGGGAAGGUCACAGAGACCGUCACCAAAUCCACCCUCACCGAGACAGUAGUUACACGGAUCACUGACAACCAGCUGGCCCCGGUGCCGCUGGUGGUGGAGGAAGUGACAUUAUACAAGGAUGGGGGACCAUUAGGACUAAGUAUUAUUGGUGGAUCAGACCAUUUUUGUGUUCCAUUUGGCACCUCUCCAGAUGAUCCAGGAAUAUACAUAUCAAAGAUCACAGCAGGUGGGGCAGCCCACAAGACUGGGAAGCUGAGGAUGGGUGACCGCAUCCUCAUGGUGAAUGGUGUGGACAUGAGCGGUGCCACUCACCAGGAUGCAGUGAUGGCCCUACUCAACCCACCCAAUGAAAUCACCCUCGCUGUCCGCCAUGACCCUCAGCCUAAAGGACUCAAGGAGGUGGUCAUCAAGAAGCAGGUUGGAGAGCGGCUUGGCAUGAACAUCAAAGGUGGUGUCCAGGGCUCCCCUGGCAAUCCACUUGACAAGUCAGAUGAAGGUGUCUUUAUCUCCAAAAUAAACUCCAAUGGGGCAGUUCACCGGGAUGGGAGAUUAAAGGUUGGAUUGCGGUUGCUGGAGGUGAAUGACUCGUCCUUGCUGGGCAUCAGUCACGAGGAAGCGGUAGCAGUGAUGCGCUCAGCAGGCUCCACAAUCCGGCUUGUGGUGUGUGAUGGUUAUGACUACAGUCUGGUGCAGCAGAUGAAGAGUGAAGGUCGUCUGGGUCAGGAUUCUCGCAGCACCAGUCACAGUGUUACUUCCUUGGACAAAGAGAGUCGAGAGGCUUCUAAUGCACCACAACAGGAGUCUGUCUCCAGCCUGCAUGAAGAAGCCUCUACCAAGACAACUCCCCCACCCACCCUCCUGACUCCUUCCCGUAGUCCAUCUCCCUCCUCCUGUCCACCUGAGUCUGCUACCACUGCAAGGAGUGACUUGCCCGAAACUGAUGAGGAUGAGGGGCGUGACACUCCUCUGCUAUCACACACCUCCACUGCCUUACCUCAUGUCCAGCAGGACAAAUCAGCACCUGAAAUUGUGAUGGAUGUUGUGAGGGUAGCAGAGCAGCUCACCACACGACCCUCCUCCCAAAACUCCAUGGGCUCCUCCUCUCCACUGGACCGCAAGACUGCAGCUGAGACCAAGAUGACUACAGUGGUUCUAGGCAAACACACCUUGGCCCCUCAAACUAGUACACCCAUCGCCUCGGGCCGAUGCAGUGCUGGUGGUGGUCAGCUCAGUAACAGUGCCUCCCCUGUACCCCCUUCCUCCUCCCCCCUCCCUGUUAGCCUCCCUAAUGCCCUCACAUGUGGAGGUGUGAUGGAGGACUUGAUUGGCUCUGAAAUAUCUGUGGGGCACAAGCCUGCUGGUGUAGAGGUCAGGGGGGUCAAGACUGAGGAGACCCCCACCCAGAGCCCUGGCAAAAUGACACUUAAGGAUCGCAUGAAGUUCUUUGAGGAUGAGAUGAAGAGGGACAAGGCUGGACCACCUAAAGAAAACAAGAAGUUCUCUUUCCUGAGCCAGGAUGAAGUGUCCAAGAUGAAAGAGGAUGAAGACCGCCGGGUGGCCAACAUGACAGUAGAGCAGCUUGCGGACCUCUCCCGCUUGGAAGAUGUGGAGGAGAUGGCAGAUGACCUAGCACUGCAGCUGGGAGUGGAGAGUGACCGUCACCACUACAAGUACAAUGACCAUGACAUUUUGGAAGGGCUUAGGGAGACCACAGAGACAGAUUCUCCAUACAGAUCUGGCAGUGAAAUGAGUGGUGUACGAACAGCAAAGGCAGAGAGAAGAGUGAAAGGUACAGAGGAAGAAGAGGAGCACCUCUCCCCAGCUGAAAAGAGGCGACUGGAGGCAGAAAAGAGGGCAGCUUGGAGGCAAGCCAGACUAAGGAGCCUUGAGAAUGAUGCAGUACAAGCUCAGUAUGUUAUAGAGAAGUGCAGCGAGCUCUCAGAGUCUGCAAAUGAUAACACUAGUAAUGACAACUCAGUUAUUAGCCACAACAACCUGGACCAAGAGAAUAACUUGCCCAGCUUGAAUCACAAGUGGUCCAAACUGGUUGUGAUCACGAAACCCACCGAGAAGAUUGUGGCUGAGCGAGACCGUGUCCUGUCUGAGAAAGUGAUGCGCAAGACGGUGCCAAUCUUGGACCCCAACACAGGGGAUGUGAACGUUGAGACCACGGAGACUAUUGAAAGGAUCAUUGAGCGUGAGGUGGAGACUUGUCGAGAGACUUUAAUGACCCUCUCUUUGACUGAUGCGGAAAAUGCUAACACAGAUCCAACAGAAACCACAGAUCCUACUACAGACAGCAGGACACAAGACCAUGCGUCUGACACUUGUGACAACCAGCCAGCAAAAAGCACCAACAAAAGAAAGGAGAAUCAAGGGAAUAUCCAGACCAGAGAUUCUGUGAACUAUGAUGGAGACUCCACGGCAAGCUCACCUGAAGACCCUGAAGAGUCUGUCACGGGGGACUUUGCUGCAAUGUCAACAGAUGAUUCCGACCAUGAUUUGCACAUUCCUUUACCUCAGAAUAGCUCAUUGGACCACCAUGUCAAGAAGUGAUCAGGUUGAAAUGUACUUUCAUUCAGUCUUAUUAUCGUUAUUAUUUUUAUUAUUCUUUUUUUAAUUUUGUGAUGUAAAUUAACCGUAAAUUUUAGUGUAGUUUAAGUUAUAAAACAUGUUGUGUGCUCAUGUGGUGUAUGACCUUGUAUGUGUCUGUGUGUGUGUAGGUAAGAGAGAGAGAGAGAGAAUGUAUGUUUUUAUUUUAUUUUUUCUACCUUUAUUUUUGUUUGAUUAACACCAUCUACACAUCAUAAGGAAAAAACUGAAAAGCACUGAAGGUCAAAUAAAACAUAUCAAGUUUUGAAUAAGACUGAGCCUUGUGAGCAGCAAUCCUCACAUUAGCUCUGGAAAAAGCUGAACUUGGACUAUAAAUGACCUUUCCAUUCUAGCUGUCAGUGCUGUGACAAAUUACAAUUGUGAUUAAAAAAAAUUUAGCUUUAAAUAUGAUGGUAUCAGGCAUUUAUGAUUUCUUACUGAAUGUUCAUUUGUGUAAAUGCCUUAAAUCAAUUACCUCGUGGAUCUGCUCUGAACAGCCGUGUGCUUCAGCAUGUCUUCAGGUUUACUGUUGAUGCAUGGUAAUGAUUGAAGAGGCAUGAUUGUUAAGAUUAUCUAUUUUUGAAUGAAACUGAAAGUUUGCAAAGCUUUAGCUGUUAGUUCUAAAGCAUUGUCAAGCCUCCUUUUAGUGUUAUAUGAUGUACAUGUGAAGCUACAUACAUUGUUGUGGAUAUAAAUAUCCAUAGUUUUUAUUUUGUCCAAGUUGGUACAUACUUCUCUUGAUGUAAAUAUUUAAAGACAGUUAAGCUAGGUGUACAACUUGGUAAAUAUCUUUUGUAAGGAUUUUAUAUUGAGGAAUAACUUCUCAGAUUCCAUAGUUGCAAGUUGUAGUAUGUGGGAUAUUAUCAAAUUUUAAUCCAUAAUUUGAUUGAUUAUUGCUUUUUAAAUUUUUAGUAAAGAUUUAUACUUACUUUUCCAUUGAUUACAGUAGGUUUUGUCAGGUGGGAAUGAUACCAAUGCUUUAAGUUAUUUACUGUAUUAUGAUAUAGUAUGAAAGACAGUGAGAGCUCUACCAUCCCAUCUUCCAGCUUAUAAAUGAAUACAUUUAGCUAUCAAACUUUCAUGAAAAGACAAAGUUGUGUUAAAACCUUGUUAUCCAAAUCUGAGAAGGUCCUGUUUAAGCCAUGUGACAUGGUUGGCAUGUGUGGUGAUGGUGAUGCACUACACAAGCCUUAUUGUUUUGGUUGUGAGAGCUCAUCCUACAUUUAGAUGUUGUACCAGACCCAACACAAUUUUAUUUGGCCUCUUGGACAUCUAAUUAGCUGACUAACAGAAACAUCUUGUGAUGGCAGCAUGAUGUAAUAAACAUCAAAGGCAAAGUUUAUAUUACAAGAAUAAUUAUAGGUAGUGUAUUGCAGACAAACAUGAUUCAAUGAUGUAAUCUGAAAAAUAACUGUUUGAAGUAUUUUGAAAGUGAAGGACAUCAUGUUAAGUUUUCUACAGCAGCAGAAAGUGUCACACUGAGGAGGAAUGUCAGCUGUUUCAGAGCAGCAUAAAUUGCAGUGCAGCAAUAGAAAGCCAGUGGCUGGGUUAUCACUGACUUAACAAAUAAUGUAGUAACAGUUUUAAAAGUUAGCAGUCAAUUAAUGUGUAAUAUUUUGUAAUGAGGAUAAUUUUUCUACUUGUAUUUUAUCUAUUUUAGAUUUUUAGAGGUUAACUUUCCAUGCAAAGAUUUUUUUUACAGUCUAACAUACUUGGUUUCCCAGAAAUGAGAUAAUGGAGCUUCUAUAAUAUUUCAAUAAUUUUUGUCUCCACUUAUAAGAAAUUGGAGUGAAUGAUUACUUUACCUUAAUACUGACUUGCUACCAAAUCCCUUACUGAGUAUAGAGAGCUGGCUCCUUGUCAUUAUUAUGAUCCAUUCCAUGUCAAUCACUUGACAUGUGCUAUCUGGCUGAUUGUAAUGUGAAUUAUUACCUAUUAUGUGUUCCUUGUUUUCUUGCUUGGCCCACACUACCUGCUCUGUGUUAAAGGGCUAGUGACUGAACAAGUGUCCCACCUGUGCAGCUUCCAAAGCACUGUGAGUCCUGUUAACACACAUGACCAUAUCCAUUUUGUAAAUAAAGUGUUAUAUAAAU